AAGAGUUUCAGCAAGAAGCUACGAAUAACAAGUGCACCCGAAGCCAUGGCGUCUCCUCUGCGCAUUGGGCUCAUUGGUUCGACUCGUGGCUCUUCAUCACAGCUGACCUUUGACACGAUCAAAAGGGGAGAACUCAAUGCACAGAUUGUGCUGGUGGUUUCGAACAAGGGAGAUGCUGGCAUUUUGGAAAGAGGCAAGAAUGAAGGAGUGAAAGCAGUGCAUGUGCCGUGCAAAAAAGGUACUCCUCGUGCUGAGUAUGAUGCUCAGGUGACGAAGGUCCUUCGCGAAGAAGGGGUGGAACUGGUGAUGAUGUGUGGUUUCAUGCGAAUUGUAAGCCCGGAGUUCUGCAAAGAUUGGGAAGGUCGAUGCAUCAACAUCCAUCCCAGCUUGCUUCCAAAACAUGCUGGAGGCAUGGACUUGGAGGUUCACAAGGCAGUCCUCGAUGCUGGCGAAACUGAAAGUGGUUGCACAGUGCAUUUGGUCACUGAAGAGGUUGAUGGAGGCCCAAUUGUUGUACAGCGUGUAGUGUCUGUGGAGCCCGGAGAAACCCCAGAGACCUUGAAGGCCAAGGUGCAGGCAGAGGAAGGUCCAGCCUUCGUCGACGCCAUCAGAAAAUCCCCAUUCUAUCGUGAGGCCUCUCCAGCGGCCGCAUGAAAAGACCUUCGCUUUGCUUUGCUUCGCGUUGCUUCUCUGACCUGGGGUUUGACGGCGAUGAAAAGACCUCUUGACACCUCAGACCUCGGAUGUUUUACUUUCGCCUUUUGAG